AUGAGUCGCAAUCAGAACCGCAAGGGUGGCAGCAAGCGUGGCCGCUCAGAUGAAUGGAUCACCGAUGCACGCUACCCGGCGGAUCUGCAGAACAAGGCAUUUGAGGCAUACUACAAGGACAACGUUAUCCCUGCAUCAGAAUGGACGGCAUUUAUGUCCUGCCUGCAGUCGGGGUUGCCCAUGUCAAUCCGGUUCAACUGCGCAGUACCGCAGGUGAACGCUGUAGACACGUUCAUCACGCAGUACCUCUCUGAAGUCUUCGAGAGUAAGCGCAUCCCGUUCUUCCCAGCGCAGCGAGCGAUUCAGUUUGGUGUCAGCCGUGGCGACCUAAAGCGUAAGCGGGUGAACCGAACGCUGAAGAAGAUAAUCUCUGCGAUGAACGAAGGAGGCUACCUGACACGACAGGAGACCGUCAGCAUGUUGCCUCCUCUCCUGCUGCAGGUGGAGCCUGGGAUGCGGGUGCUGGAUAUGUGCGCCGCGCCGGGCAGCAAGACGUCACAGAUCCUCGAGUUCCUUCUCUCCGGCGACGCCGAGAGGGGAGUCGUGGUAGCGAACGACGUUAACGUGUCUCGCUUGGACGUCCUCCACCAUCAAACAAAUCGUGCCGCUGGCGCACAUCUCCACGUCAUUAUCACAAACGCAGACGCUACGCGCUUCCCACUGUUGCCGCCUGCGGAGCGCUUUGAUCGCGUCCUGUGCGACGUGAUGUGCUCCGGCGAUGGAACACUGCGCAAGUCAAUCGAUAUGUGGCCUCGCUGGGACGCGCUCCAGGGGGCCAACCUACACCACUCCCAGAUACUCGUGCUGCUGCGAGGUAUGGCGUCCUGCAAGUCGGGUGGAAUAGUAGUGUACUCGACGUGCAGCCUCAACCCCGUCGAAGACGAAGCAGUCGUGUCUGCCUGUCUGGCUCAGACGAAGGGGACCUUCGAGCUGAUGGACCCCACGCCACUGCUUCCAGGUCUAUGCGCUUCGCCUGGUAUGACUUCGUGGACCGUCACCACACGGGAUCUUACCACAGUGCUGCGCACUCAUGAAGAUGCGAAGACAUUCAUGAUGGCCCAGACGGCUCGCCGUACUUUCCAGUACGCACCGAGCAUGUUUGCCAACACCGAGCUGCUUGUUGAGCAGCACAUUGAGCGCACCCGUCGCAUCCUGCCCCACGCGCAGGACACGGGCGGCUUCUUUGUCGCGGCGCUGCGCUGCAUCGCGGCGGUGCCGGAGGAUGCGCGGCCGAGGGCUGAGUCCAUCUUAGAUGCAAAUGGGACGCCGGCGCUCAUGAAGCCCCUCUCGGAUGGUAUGCGAGCUACCGUGCAGAAGGCGCUCAUGCUGCCUGACACGUUCCCCUAUGACCACCUCAUCGUACGCAACGAGGAGGCGCGCAACCAGAAGGUGUACCUGGCGAACUCGGACGCCAUUUUGCUAAGCCAGCAGCUGGGCUGUCGCAUCGUGCAGGUCGGCUCGAAGGUGUUCGAGUCAGUGGUGAAGUACCGAAACGACACGCUGCGCUUCUGCCCAGACGGCGUGGCUGACCUCGUGCCUUUUUUGCCCUCCAACUUCCUUGUCCCGGUGACGCCGUUGCUGCUGCUCGAGCUGACUGCAGAGACGCCAAUGUCGUAUACCGACUUUAGCACCAAGACGGGACAGCUCACCGAGGAGCUGCCACCGAGCUUUGUUCUCACCACCUCUUGGCCUGUUGCGGGGCCAAUCUACGUAGCUGCAGAGAGGUCCACGAAGCUGGGCAAGGUUGUUGCUCAUGUGGCGGACUGGCAAGUGACAGUGUGCAAGCUGGCGCUGAACCUCCCGCUGGUGGAGUCCGUCGAGGAGGGGCAAGAGGGCGUGACAGAGGACAGUGAUGCGACCAGAAAGGAUGCCGUCGUGCCGGCAACAGAUGCGGCAGCGCAGUAA